AUGGAAGUUAGCAAUCUCGCUGGUGUCUUAGUGGCGUCGAAUGUAGAUAAAGUCGUCGUCGUCCAAUGUGGGUUUUCAUAUUGCCGUCCGUGCAAGAAGUUUGAAGCGUCGUAUGAGCAAGUCGCGAGGAAUUAUCCACAGGUGUCGUUCUUAAAAGUAAUUGGUGAUAGUACCCCAGCUGCCGCACACUUGUGCAAGGAUGUUCUCGCAAUUCAGUCGACUCCUGACUUUCGCAUUUUCAAAGGGGCGACAUUAGUGCGUCAAUUUACGGGCGCGAAUAAAACUAAGCUCGAAGAAGCUAUUAACGCCGCGCUCGAGUAUAAGGAAUUUACCGUACAGUAG